CCGAAAACAUAAACGAGGUGGAUAGAAAAAAUUUGCUAGUGAAAAAAGAAUAAAACCACGCAUUUCAUGAAUUUAAUCUACGAUAAUUAAGAGUACUUUGCAAAAACUCGAGCAGCUGCGCAAUCAAACGUAAUGAGUGCAAGUGAAGAACCAGAAGCAGCACUCUAUGCUGCGUUAGAGCAACAUUUCGGGCACAAAAGUUUCAAAUCAGAAUUACAACGGAGUGCAAUAGAAUGUGCGGUGGAGAAAAAGCGCGACAUAUUCGUGUCUAUGCCCACCGGUUCUGGCAAAUCGUUGUGCUACCAGCUGCCAGGCGUGUUAUGCGAGAAUCAGAUUACAAUAGUAUUCUCACCAUUGUUGGCGCUCAUCAAAGAUCAAAUUGACCACUUGGGCAAACUUAGAAUACGCGCUGAUUCGUUGAAUUCAAAAAUGUCGACAAAAGAGCGUGAUGCGGUGAUAAGUGACUUGAAAGCAAUGCGUCCCAGCAUACGCUUUUUGUAUAUUACGCCCGAGCAGGCGGCAACACAAUUUUUCCAAGAUCUCCUUCAAACGUUGGUAAAAUACGACAAAAUAGCUUACUUCGCCGUGGAUGAAGCGCACUGCGUGUCACAAUGGGGUCACGACUUUCGGCCUGAUUAUCUGAAGCUUUGCUCGCUGCGACGCAGAUACAAUAACAUAGUAUGGAUGGCGUUGACAGCGACUGCUUCACGGCAAGUACGUGAAGACAUCUUUCAAUAUUUAGCUCUCAAGCAACCAGUUGCCAAAUUCACAACUCCUAGCUUUCGGAAGAAUCUCUACUACGAUAUAGUGUUUAAGAAUUCGAUAGAGGAUGAUUUUCAGCAUUUAGCAGCAUUUGCAUUGCAUUGUUUCGGCGAUACGGAGGAGUUCAAGAGCGUACCAGCACCAAAGCGUGGUUGUGGCAUUGUAUAUUGUCGUACGCGUGAGAACGUGGAGCGUGUAGCAUAUGGCAUAUCUAAGCAAGGUGUAGGUGCAGUUGCAUAUCAUGCUGGCUUGAAAGCCGCCGAGCGCAUACAAGUGCAAGAACAAUGGAUGAACGGCGAAUACCCGGUGAUAUGUGCGACUAAUAGUUUUGGCAUGGGUGUGGAUAAGCCAUCCGUGCGUUUUGUUAUACAUUGGGAUGUGCCACAAAAUGUGGCAGCCUACUAUCAGGAAUCAGGUCGCGCUGGACGCGAUGGCUUGCAGUCAUACUGUCGGUUGUACUACGGCAGAGAGGAUGUAAAGUCAAUACAAUUUCUUUUGCAAAAUGAUUUGAAUCGUUCAAGAUCUUCCAGCUGCUCUGGAAAGCAAGAACAAUCACAGCGUGCAAUUAAGAAUUUUGAAGAAAUCGUGAGCUUCUGCGAAAGUCUGCGAUGUCGCCAUAAAUUAUUUUCCGAUUACUUUGGUGAUCCUCCGCCUGACUGUAACGGUCAGUGCGACGUUUGCAAGCACCCAAAGAAAAUUGAAAAGGCUUUGGAAAUGUUCCACAAACUAUGCAUGGAUGGCAGAUUCAAAUCAAGUGUAUCGCUCGAAGACAGCACAGAUUUGUAUGAAGGCGGUCGUGCUGCUAUUAAGCGUUUAAAUGAAGACUAUGGCGAAUCCGACAGUAAUUCGGAUGCAAGUCACGAACAGCUGGCUAAGAAGGCCAAGAGGGAGACGGAAGAUUUCAUACGCAAACAAUUUCAACUGCGCAAGCAAUUGAAUGCGGCACGCGAGGUGGAAAAAGAGAGCAAAGCGCAGAUAACAAGAGUCAAGCAUGCGCCAUCAUCAGGGGUUAAAGUAUCCGGUUUAACGACAGCGAUACGAGAGAACUAUCUAAGUGCAAUCAUCAGUGCUUUGAAGUUAAACGCCGAACAAUGUAAAGAAGACGAUCCUCGGCGGGAUCUACGGCAUCGUGAUUACGAAGCCAUUGCCAUAGAUAUAGAGUAUGAAUGUUUUUCCAAGGUGAAGGUUGCCAAUAUGUAUCGACAUUCGCUGGCCAAAGAGCUUUCAGCCAUACGCCAACAAACGAACAAAGAGCUGCUGAUGCCGAUUCUUCGUGACUAUGUUGCGCGGCCGGAAACCAGCCAACAGAGUGUUUGGACCGGUGGUAGUGUUGAAUAUUUCGAGCGUAAGUUGAAAGAAUUGGAAGACGCACGACCAUCAUCGCCCAAUGCGGCCGCGAAGUGUAGUGGCACAUCUAAAGAUCUUCCGAAGGCUUUGCGGCAUAAAAAGAGCUACAAACAAGAUACGGCCAAACAGACGAAAAUUGGUAGCUUUUUUGAGAAAGAGAAGAAAACUAAAGAGGAAGGUGAUGAGUGUUCGCCUAUUAGCAGCAGCAGUGAGAGCCAAGAACUUAAUGCCAACGAAAAUGGAACCGUUAAGACGGAACGCGAAGAGCCUUCAGAAGAUAUGGAACAAAUAAGCACGGAAGAAGAGAAGCUGGACGAAUACUCUAUUAAAUUUGAAGCAGUAGAGCCUUCAAAAUUAGAGGACUCUUUCGAUGCAAUUGAUAAAGACGAGACUCUAAAAAAUGAAAGCGAAUGCAAGAAAAUAGAUGAUGACCUCGAGGAUAUAAGCGAUAAGGAAAUUAACUCAAAUGAAUAUAAAAUGAGCGAAGAUGAGGAAACGAAAGACAAAAACAAUGUUACAGGUUUAGACAAAAAAGAUAAUCAUGUCACCAAAGCAAAAACUUUGAAAAUGGAUUCCUUGUUCGGCAAUGAAGAUUGGGAUGAUACGGCAGAGGAGAUGUUGGAGAGCUCAAUUAAGUAUCCAACUAAGAAAGAUGACGGCAAAAUGAAAACCCUUUUCGGUGACGAAUCAGAUAUAUCUACAACAAACAAAUCGGACAGCUCCUCCAGAACGGGCAUUAGAAAUGAAGAUGAUGACUACUACGACUCGCAAAUUCAUCAUAAACGUAAGCAUAGAACAUCACAUUAUAGCAAAACAAAGGAAAAAUCCCCACUACACAGCUAUAAAACUUCGGUUAGCUAUGAUGCAUACUAUCAGUCAGCAACCAGUUCAACAACACACCAUCACAAAUCAUCAGCCAGCGCCACAUUAGCCACACAUCAAUACAAAUCAGAUUCUUCAUCCGCUAGUUCAUCGUCACGUCGCAAACACAAACACAAACGUCAUUCUAAACAUAAGCACAGUGAUGACGAUUUAGAUGAACUAGAUAUGUAUGAGAACUCGUCAUCGACAAAGUGCAAAUACCAGGAUGCUUUCGAGGAUUCGGUGAAGUAUGAGAAAUCCGUGAAAGAAAAGCUCAAAGCACUACGUGCAGAAUGGCAGGAAUUCGAGGGGGAAUCCGAUAAGAAGCUGGAGGAGUCUGAAGACUCCUUAGAUGAAUUAGAACAACUUGCGUUGAGUAAAAAGAAAAUAGAAGAAGAACUAAAAGCACUAGAAGAAUUGGAAAGAGCCAAUGCAGAAAAAGCAGCGGCACAGAAAAAUUCGCUUUUAGAUGAUGAACAAACAUCAUCGAAAGCGGAUGCAAAAUCAAAUGAAAAGGAUGCUACCAAAAACACUAUAGGUGGCGGUCUGAGAGUGGAAGAUGUGGCAAGACAAAACGACUGGUAUGCGUCUAAGCGAAUGAAGGAAUCAUCCAAAUCCACGGAAAGCGACCUUAACGGCGGCAAGUCGAAAUUCGCUCUGCCAAAAAGCAACAUCAGUGCCAGCGAAAAUGUAGUAAAGAGUGGCGAUUAUCAUCGCAAACCAACGCUGAGACCCGAACAAAAUUCUAGACAUUCUUCAAAUGAAAGACAAGCGCGUCUUAACGCUGCCAAACAUAAAACGGAUGUGAGUAAAUCCGUUGUGGAUUUGCUGAAUCCUUAUUACAAAAAGAAGAUCGCUACGAAAGAACUUUUUAAAACAUUGGCCAAAAGAAUAACAAAUCGUGUAUGUGACGGCAAACUUGAGUUCUCACAUUGCAAGUCAUACAUACGUGAUAAUUUCCUAGCAAUCACGGAGAUCGGCACAGAAGCAGAUAUCGAAAGAUACUUUCCGCUUACUUGAAUAAAUAGCAGGCUUAAGAAAAAAUAAUUAGGCUUAGCUGUAACUUGUAUUAUACCUUUCAUGAAAAUUAUUACCACCAAUGUAAUGUUUAUUUAUUUUUCGUUAUAAAUAGGCAGGUUAACAUUGCAUUUCCUUUACAUCCAUUUAAAAAGGACGCAUUUUAAACAAUUGAAUUGCAUUAAUAUUUUAAUUGUUUUUGUUUUUUUAAAUUUAUUUAAACUGAAAUCUGCCACUCUGCCGUAAUUUUCAAGAAAGGUAUACUUUAUUUAUAAAAAACUUCCAAAAUCCAUCACAUAUAGAUAUUUUUCACUAAUUGGAAAAUAACUAAUUUUAGCUUCGGUAAUUCUAAAAUGCUCAGUAAAAACUAAUUUCCCUUAAUUUCAUGACCAAAUAUAAAAUGAAUUUUGAAUAUAUAUAUUUCUGUUGGCUGUUAACGGCUUUUGCUUCCUAUAAUUUCUUGUUUACAUAGACUUUUGUUUCAUAUGUAUGUAUUAGAGUGUAAGACAGUAUUUGAUGAAUGUAAUAUAUAUACAUAUUAUUUUAGUAUAUUAUAAUUGAAUAUUAAUAUGUAAAUAUUAAAAUAUGAAAUAUAAUAUCAGAAAAUAUGGACCAGUGCUAUAUUUUAAACACA